ACCAAUAUCUCAAAGGCGCUCUCGGUAGCUCUGGGGUUGAAAAGUCUCUCAGCGCAUGCCUGGAGUUACAUAGACGCGACCGAUGGUAUUUAGGAGGCACUUUGCUUUUCUGUCUAAAUUUUUGGAAUCACUGCUGAGCGCAAGGCUUCCGAUCUUUCCCCAUCACAGUCACAAAUUCAUUUCCCUAUGUUCCAAGAGCAGCGAUACCCUUCCAGCUCGAUGGCGUUGCAAUUCUCUAGCCAGCGAAUGUCCCGCAGGGACACAACGAUCGACUAUACAAUGCUACCAUCUGAUGAUAUACAUACAGAAACCGCGGCUAGGAAAGGUGUUGUGAACAAAUACAUCACGCUCAAGAAAGUGUUGCCAUCAGAGACUGGAGACGCAUUGAGUUUCAUCCUGCAAGAGGAGAUCAUUGUGGAAAUAGGAGAGACCGACAAUACAAGAGAAGGUCAUGACUGCUCGUGUGCUGACUAUAGCCCGAAAUCCCCAUGCUCUCAUGUAUUCUGGGCCGUAGACCAAAUUUUACGAUCACAGGCUGGACAAAAUACUGCUGUUACCUUGAGCAGUGAUGAAGGAAUACUAAGAGUGUCCGAUUUAUCCGGGCUGACCUUCGAUCCGACGGAAUUUCCACCCGGAAUCGACACGACACAUCUGCAGAAUGUCGGUCAGGAGCAUACGGACUUAAAGCUUCGCUUCAAGGCCACUCUAGAGAGAGAAGAACACAAACUCUAUGUCAUAUUGACAAGACUCAGCAACAGAAAUUAUGUUGAUCUUGAUGUAGUUGGAGUAAGGCCAUGCUCUGCAAGCCACGCGCACGCCGCGAUUUCCGUCUCAGCAUCGAACAUCUUUAGAUCUUACUAUGCUUACGAUGAAUUCCUCCGGUGGAGCGGUGCCCCAAUCAGCGAGAUCAAUGCAGCCGCAGCCAGGGCAACCAAAACAUAUCUGCUCAUGAUAAAAGAGGUGGUGGUGAGAGCGGAUCCGAACGGGCUUAGGCGUGUUGCUUCAACGGCGUACUACAAUGAAGCUGGCGAGGAUUGUUUCUGGUACCAUGUCAACCGGUUUUUCAGACACACACGGGGUCCUGUUGGUAACGACGAAGCUGAGGCUCUGGAGACUCUGCUCACAUUUGUUUUGGGUCCUACUUCGACACACUCUUGGUAUCCAAGACCCACGCCAGCCGAUGAGCAUGUGAUUCAAGCGAUGGAAAGUUGGCUGGGUCGGUGAAUAACUAUGAAUCUUCGGUGCGAAAAUGUAUUUCUCGGUGUAUGGUAGACUUUUAAGGGCAUCACUGUCAAAUAAUUUUUUUUAAAAAAAAAAUUGAUCACAAAUGAACGUGUCCUCUCAUU